AUGAGUUCAUCGUCGAAUAAGAACUAUAGUAUCAUAUAUGACAACAAGAAAUACAGAGUCGAUCCUCUUAUUUUCUGCAAAAUGUCCGAGAAAUUCAAGACAAUCUACGAACAAAAUCCAGAAAAAUAUAAAUUCGAAAAUGAUGAAAUUGAUCAGGAAGUUUUCGUAGCAUUUAUUUCCAGCUGCCAAUUAAAGACAUUCCAAAUUAAUCCAAAGAAAGCUCAAGCUCUUCUUAAACUGGCACGUGAAUGGGAAGCUCCUUCACUUGAGAGCUACGCAACAACAGUAUGCCGUGAAAAUGGCUAUCCUGUUUAUCCUCGUGUUGAUCCGAUCGGUGAUUUGAAGAUUAAGCAGGAUAGAAAUGAAGAUUGCGGCGAAGAUUACAAACGCGCUGGUGCAGUCUUCAUGGAUUCACUCGAUGAUGACCGCUUAAUGGAAUUUGACCCAGAACCUCUCUUCCGUAUUGUUGCAUACGCCGAAAAGCUUCCAAACUUCGAUGAGCAGAAAUACGCCGAUUUCGUAAUGAAGCUCAGAGAAAGAAGAAUGGAUGCUGCAGUUUUGCUUUCAUUACGCCUCAACUUUACAAAAAUUACCGAAGAAGAUACAGAUGCUCUCUUCCAAUCCCCAGAAAUGCGUCAGCAAUCAAUCGGCUUCUUCGUUGCCUACUCACUCAGCCAAACACGUCACAAGACUCAAGAAUUAAUCAACGAAACUACAGCCAAGUGCAUGGACCAGCUCCAUGAGUUCGGUAAUGAUAUGCUUGAUGCCAAUGGCUCUCUCAAGAAAGCACUCCAAAAGGAUCACGAAAAGAAUAUGAAAUUAUUAAAUCAAGAAAUCGAUGCAAACGCUGAUGAACUUAACCGCCUUGUUCGCGAAUUUACACGUACAGCUGAUAUCCUUGUAGAAGGACCUCUUUCUCCAAACGGAUUUGCAGAUCCAGCUCUUAAACGUAUCGAAGACGAUGCACAGGAGCGUCUUAACAACCUUUACAACCAUAUCCGCGAGGAAAUUGGCAAGAACCAUGAUGAAAAGCAUCCAAAGAUGAGAGACGACGUAGAUCGCGUUGAACAAGAUUGGGAAAACGAAUACAACGACCCAGAAGCUACUCAGAAGAGAAUGGAAGAUAUGCUCAAUGAGCUCGAGGGCGUUGCUUCCAAGUACAGAGGUGAAAUUGAUCAGAUUGAUAAGGAUCUUGACCAUAUCCGUGGUUCUAUCAACGCUAAGAUCGCUAGAGACUAUGUUCGUACUGACAAAGGUAGUAGAGUUGAAGCAAACAUUUAUUCUAUUUUCGAUGAGGCUGAUUUCGUCAAAGAAGAGUCUUCUGCAAUCGAGGACAUCGAUGCAAGACUCGAUAAGCAAUGUCCACUUAAAAUCGGUAAGAAAUAA